CUUUUGGCAGUCAGAAUCGCACCCUCAAUUCACUGUCGUGGGAUCAUCGCUACAGCCUCGCUGACAUCCCAAACUUGUAACGUCGUCGUUUUGCAUCGUCGUCCCUGAUCCCGGCAUUUCACCCACUUCUGAAUAACACCGCCACCUCUUUCUCUCUCGUUCUCUCUCUCUCUAGCUUUUGGAUUCAUAUAAACGUGGAAUUUGACAUUCUAGAUCUCAAGGAAUUCCAAUUCCACUUCCAAUUCAUGCCAAUGGUGAAUUUCGAUUGCUAGGUCUUGAUUGAUUCGCUGAUUAUGUGGUUCUGGUUUGAGCCAGGAGCCAAACCAUGAGUGAUCAGAUUACAUAGGCUCAGAGUGGUCUCGCUGGAACCGAAGGUUGCGAUCGGAGCUUCCGAGUCGGUGAGGAUUUCGGUUUCAGAAGUAGAUUUUCCAAGCCUGACUCUGGUAGCAGUUGAAUUGAAACGAUGUCGACCAAGGUCGUGUACGAAGGGUGGAUGGUACGAUAUGGGCGGAGGAAGCUCGGCCGGUCCUUUAUUCACAUGCGGUAUUUUGUGCUUGAGUCUCGGCUUCUCGCCUACUACAAGAGGAAGCCUCAGGAUAAUCAGGUUCCGAUCAAGACACUUUUAAUUGAUGGAAACUGUAGAGUGGAGGAUCGAGGCUUGAAGACUCACCAUGGGCAUAUGGUAUAUGUUCUGUCUGUUUACAACAAGAAAGAGAAAUACAUUCGAAUUACGAUGGCAGCAUUUAACAUUCAGGAGGCACUAAUAUGGAAGGAAAAAAUUGAAUACGUCAUUGAUCAGCAUCAAGGUUCACAAGUUGCAAAUGGUAACAAAUAUAUUUCUUUCGAAUACAAAUCUGGAAUGGAUAAUGGGAGGACUGCUUCCUCAUCCGACCAUGAAAGCCAGUUUAGUGCCCAGGAAGAUGAAGAUGAUGCCCAUCCAAAUUUGUCGCGGAGAACAACAAUUGGAAAUGGUCCUCCAGAAUCAAUAUUUGACUGGACGAGAGAAUUAGAUUCAGAUCUGUCAAACCAGAGUAACAACAACCAAGCAUUUUCAAGAAAGCACUGGCGUCUCCUCCAAUGCCAAAAUGGCCUGCGCAUUUUUGAAGAGCUUCUUGAAGUAGAUUACCUUCCAAGGAGCUGUAGUAGGGCCAUGAAGGCUGUUGGAGUGGUGGAGGCUACUUGUGAAGAAAUUUUUGAGCUUGUGAUGAGCAUGGAUGGAACACGGUUUGAGUGGGAUUGCAGUUUCCAGUAUGGUAGCUUAGUUGAGGAGGUUGAUGGACAUACAGCAGUACUUUAUCAUAGGCUUCAGCUAGACUGGUUCCCAAUGUUUGUGUGGCCUCGUGACCUUUGCUAUGUGCGCUAUUGGCGUCGAAAUGAUGAUGGAAGCUAUGUUGUGUUAUUUCGUUCUAGGGAGCAUGAGAACUGUGGUCCACAGCCAGGAUAUGUGCGGGCACAUAUUGAGAGCGGCGGUUUCAACAUUUCCCCUCUAAAACCUCGAAAUGGGAGACCCAGAACUCAGGUGCAGCAUCUGAUGCAGAUUGAUCUGAAAGGAUGGGGUGUGGGUUAUGCCCCAUCCUUUCAACAGCAUUGUCUCCUUCAGGUGUUAAAUAGUGUUGCUGGACUACGUGAGUGGUUUUCCCAAACAGAUGAAAGGAAUGCUCCUCCAAGAAUCCCUGUGAUGGUCAAUAUGUCCUCAGCUUCUGUUUCUUCACGAAAGGGGCAAAAGUUGCAUGAUUCUUCUAUUAAUUCUGCAAACAGAAAUUCUGUGAUGAUGGAUGACUACUCGGACGAGGAUGAAGAAUUUCAAAUUGCUGAGGCUGAACAAGAGGCAUACCAAAAUGGCCUUGAGAACGAUAUGAAGAAGACAGCUGUAGAAGAAGAACCGGCCGAUCAAAUGGAUUUAUCCUGCUUCUCUGGUAAUCUACGGCAUGAUGACCAUGAUAAGGCUCGUGAUUGCUGGAAAGUUUCUGAUGGGAGCAAUUUCAGAGUUCGUAGCAAGCAUUUUUGUUAUGAUAAGACCAAGAUUCCUGCAGGGAAGCAUCUAAUGGAUCUCGUUGCUGUUGAUUGGUUCAAAGACACAAAAAGAAUGGACCAUGUUGCUCGGCGUCAAGGAUGUGCAGCACAAGUUGCUUCAGAGAAAGGGCUUUUCUCUAUCAUCUUUAAUCUGCAAGUGCCAGGGUCAACACAUUACAGUAUGGUAUUUUAUUUUGUAACUAAAGAAUUAGUACCUGGAUCCCUCUUGCAACGGUUUGUUGAUGGCGACGAUGAAUUUCGUACUAGUAGACUGAAGCUUAUUCCAUCUGUUCCAAAGGGUUCGUGGAUUGUCCGCCAGAGUGUUGGGAGCACCCCUUGUUUGUUGGGAAAAGCUGUUGAUUGCAACUAUAUCCGUGGCCCUAAGUAUUUAGAAAUUGAUGUGGAUAUUGGUUCGUCUACUGUUGCUAAUGGGGUUUUGGGGCUGGUAAUUGGUGUAAUUACCACAUUGGUGGUUGACAUGGCUUUCCUUGUACAGGCAAACACUACAGAUGAAUUGCCAGAGCGGCUAAUUGGUGCUGUCCGUGUUUCUCAUAUAGAUCUCAAAUCUGCCAUAGUACCAAAGCUGGAACCGGAUCCAUCAUGAUGGAGAGACAAUUAACCCUUACUGAUUUCAUACAAAAUCAUUGGUUCAGAUAUGCAUGCCUCCGGGUUUCAUUGCCAUAUCCCAUUUCAGGAAUGAAGGUCGUCUGUUUCAAGUGCAAUUUUUGCAUAAAAUAGUGACAGGACUGUUGUGAUAACUAGGUAAAUUGUUUUCUGUAACUCUUUUUUCGAAGUAAAUUCUUUUUUCUCUUUCGAGCCUCUCAAGACUGUUGCAUACUUGAGGUGUUUCUGAGUGAUCUUCAUUGGUAAAGAAAUGGCUAUGUCCAUUCCUGAAGGCCCUAGAUUGGGGAUUGCGGGAUACCCAUCUUAGUACGUAUUCAUGGGACAUUUUACCAAAUGGGAACCGCAUAGGGCUGUUAGUUCGUUAUAAAGUCCCUUUUGGAACUGUUUUGUGCUCAAGCAUAUAAUGUAUUAAGGCAGACUCUCUCGGCCCUUGUAUGUUCCGAGGCACAAACCAGUUCUUGACAUGGCUACUUAUCCAGAGAGUUCUGGCUACAGGUUAGUUGCAGUAAAUACUUAUAGCACAGCAGCUGACCCUGGUCAUUGAGUUUGAGGUACAUUAUCCGCAAAAUUCAAUAAGAGAACUCUAUUCCCUCGCCAACAGGAGAUGUUUCAUUUGUUUAAUUCGUUUAUUGUAUUCUUCGGAUUGCCAAAAAAA